AUGAUCGUUAUCGGGGUUCGUGUUCUGUGUCUCGCGACUGCAGUCAUUGCACUCAGUGAUCCUGCUGCAGAUCUACCGAGAUUCGGCAAGCCCCUGAAUAAUCUCACGGUCUCAGUUGGACGAGAGGCCAUUUUCACGUGCAUUGUGGAGAGUCUCGGGCCAUACAAGGUGGCAUGGUUACGAGUCGACACGCAGACCAUCCUAACGAUAGCAAGUCACGUGAUCACGAAGAAUCACCGAAUUUCAGUAACGCACAGUGGCCAUCGCACUUGGUCUCUGCAUAUACGCGACACGCGAGAGACGGAUCGUGGCUGGUACAUGUGUCAAGUUAAUACAGAUCCAAUGUCCAGUAAUACGGGAUUUUUGGAGGUUGUUGUACCACCGGACAUUCUGGAUUACCCGACGAGCACGGAUAUGGUUGUGAGGGAGGGGAGCAAUGUGACCCUUAGGUGUGCUGCUACUGGCACACCCGAGCCGACUGUUACUUGGCGACGAGAGGCUGGGGGAAGGAUAGCCCUGUCAAACUGGCAUGAUGCGCAGGUACUGGAAGGCCCGGAGCUGGAGUUAAUCCGAGUGACUCGACUGCACAUGGGACCCUACCUGUGCAUCGCUUCUAAUGGCGUACCACCCUCUGUUAGCAAGCGAAUCUUGCUCAUCGUUCACUUUUCACCGAUGAUUCAGGUUGAGAAUCAGCUGAUUGGUGCUUACGAGAAUCAAACCCUAGUUCUAGAGUGCAACAGUGAGGCUUAUCCACGUCCAAUUGCUUACUGGACUAGGCCAACGAAUGAGACCAUAGUAAACGACAAUAAUUACAAGGUGGACGUCAACACCAACGGCUACGUGACAACCAUGAGACUCAUAAUAAGAUCGAUGAGACCGCAGGACUACGGAUCUUUCCGUUGUAUAGCUACCAAUUCACUCGGAGAGACCGAUGGGAAAAUAAAAUUAUAUAAGAUACCGAAGCCACCAACAACCCGUAAGCCAAAUAUCCGUCGCGACUCGAAAAAAGCCUGGAAGAUGGAUCAAGAGCGCAACAAGAAGACAGGUGGAAUACAGGACGAGUUGAGUCUGAAGGAUGAGGAUGACGAGGAGGAUUCAAUCGAUUUUCAAUCGUCCACAUCCGGCUCAAGCUUUCACCAGCUCACUUCCAGUUAUCUCUGUGCACUUGCAACAGUGACGCUGGCAUUAAGACUAACUUCCUAGGUGGUUGAGAUAAUACCAGUCGGUGCAUAAUCCACGAUUGCUGUUUCCCCUUCCACCGUGACUUGCUAAAGUCGCGGAUAAAUUAAUUGCAUUUCGAUUAUGAAUGGAGUCGAAUCAAUAUCCAUUUUUCAUUAUCCGGAUUUCUUCGUCAGGAGUGAAGAGUGAUGAUAAAGUGAUGGUGAAUGGGCGGGAAUGGGGAUUAUAGAAACUUUAACAAGGGAAUGGGGCAAUUCAGGCCCUAGUCUUCCAUGCAUUGAUUAAAUUCACGUGAUUACGGUCUGAGGUCGGGGGAGCUGGAGAUGCCGAGUCACAUUUUAAGGCUGCGAAUGGGCGAUUCGAGAGGAUGGGCGUUCGGCUGAAUACGAUGUGAGUAUUGUUCGAUAAGAAAUUCACAUAAUCGAAGAGAAAGCCCCCUUAAACCCUGAAAGACAUUCGCGGGAAAUUGAACAGGGGCAUGAUGGUAUCUCCACUAGAAAACUAGUGUCGGCAGGUGAGACACUUGUCCUCUUUUUUUGCACGUUUGGGUUCACAAAUUUAAAUCGAUUGUAGUGUCUCAAAUUAAGACGUUCAGACAUGCAUUUUUGAUAUUCUAGGGGUAUUACUUGAUGAUUUUUUGUUUAGACCUGAUGAUUUUGCAUUUAUUUUUUCAAAUAUUUCGUUGGUUUUACACUGAGAGAAAAAAUAGUUCUGACGAAAAAUUAUAUGUUCUUCUAAAGAGAUCGUCUGUCGUGUUGAAUUAAUUUACUUGUGGACAAAAAUGAAAGUCUCCAC